UCAGCAGCAUCAACAUCUGCGUGCGCGCCAGCAGCCGCUUCAGCAGGCCUAGUGCGCUGCCCCAUGCACGCGCCUGACGAGGUACGAGUACUCUUUCUUGACUGGUACAGGCCGCGAGCGUCUGUCUGCAUGCUGCUAAUAGCUCACGGGUGUGAGUGCUGCUGCUGCUGCUGUUGGUGCGGCGGCGGAUUACCUUCAGUCACAUCAGUGAUCAACUACACCGUCCUCGUAGCGCGAGGGUCGAUGAUCAUUCUGACCGUGACGGAUUCACGUAUCAAGACGGGCCACACAUCCAUCCACCGCCCAACCACUCGAACACAACACAAUACGCAGCGAAGCAUCUGCUUCGACUCGUUCUGUGGCUGCCAAGUCUCGGUCUCGCAGUCGGGAGCUCUCACUAGUCGCUGUUAUUGUUGCAUCCUCUCGAUCUUUGGGCAUCCUUCUCCCUUGCCCACUACUCCUUCUCGCUCAUCACUCUGAUUCGAGCAGAAUACCCAUUCACCGCCCUUCGAGCUUCGACAUUCGACGCAGGGGCUUCUUGCCAUCUCCUCCAUCACGACCUGCUCCGCCACUUAAACACAACUCUCGACUUGCACUACAAGUCAGUCGUCGCUAGGGACAUCAAGUACAACGGGGUCUAC